AUGGUUGGAACAGAUCCCGAUGAAGAACAGAAGACUCUGACUGCUCUCAAUGGUGCCGUUUGCACCAAGCAGAUGAGUGGCAGGAGGCAACAGCAGCGAGAUGUUUUCCACGAGGUCUUGUACAACGAACUCCUGGCCGAUCGCAGCAGCAAAUGCCGAGGAGCCUCAAAGCCAGGCCGAUCGAGGCUGCUGCCGCCCAUCAAGAAGGAGAUCCAGGUGGCUCCCGUUCCCGAGCGCACACAGGAGCCUGAUGUCUCUACUCGAGGUGCAGUCAUUGCAGGCGGCGCCACACGCACGGCCGAGGAGGCAGCGAGGUCGGCUGCGCACGCUGGGGCCCUCCGGGCGUUGCACAUCCGGGCAGCGCUGCGGCGGGAGGCGGACGCCAAGCAAGCGCAGAUGGUGCAGGUCCAGCCACCACCGUCGGCAGAGCAGCACUGCACCGCGCGCCCGAGAGCGACGCCAACGGCGGAGCUGAUGCCGAUUCUCUUCUUGCACCUAAGCCUUUGGAUCAGCUUCCAGGAGCUGGCCAUGUGUGUCCUUUCUUGCUCCACCAUCUUCAAGUCUUCUGAAGAGAUUUGCCGCUGGUUCUUCCACCAGGCUGUUGGCGUCGGUGUUUUCGAGCAGCUGCGGAGCCGUGUUCUUUCGUGCGCCCAGACGGCCUCGCCGCUCCGCUGGUUGGCCUUUGCUUCGAAAAGCCUGGCGGCUAAAGCAGCCGCGCGACGCAAAGGCAUCGCUGCAGGCUUGCACCUCUCGGCACUCAAAGACGGAGGCGUCAUCUAUAGCUGGCGGAGGUCUGCCGCCCCGGUGCGGUCCCCGGUGCGGUGUGGGGCGGCCGUUCGCAUGGUGGCUUGUGGGGGCGAUCACAGUUUGCUACUCACGGUGUGCGGCGCCUGCUUGGCCUUCGGGAAGAAUGACAUGGGACAGCUCGGUUUGGGUCACACCGAGGAUGUGCCUUCACCGCAGAAAGUGGAGAUUCCAGAGGCCACCCUGCAGGCGGCCUGUGGCGCCGACCAUUCGCUGUUGCUCACCUCUUCGAGCGCGCUGUGGGCGACCGGGCGAGGCUCUGAAGGGCAGCUUGGAGCCGACGUUGUGGUCAUGGGAUAUGCUUCCGAGGCAUGCUUCCGUGGCCUACUUGGUGCCUCUGAGGCACCCAGCCAUCCAGGACGAACGGGUCUUGAGCUUCUUCUGCAGUGUUCCAGCAGGUGCCGCGCAGGUCGCCUGUGGCGCCGAUCAUUCCGCCUUCUUGGACCCGCAAGGUCGAGCCUGGGCGUUUGGAGAGAACUCUCAAGGGCAACUGGGUUUGGGACAUUGUGA